AGACCAUCAUCACCUCGUCCCAGUUCCUCAAAUCGCAUCCUUCUCGUCUUCUGCUGCUCGUACAAAAGGCUCAGGUCAUUCCUGAGCAGCAUACUGUAGAGCUGUCAGCAGUAUAGCAUCUUCUGCGGCCUCGAAGCGCCUUCGAGUCAGUCCGGAAAGCCGCUACCUAUAAGUCGGUUUCGUAGCAGAGAGCGAGGACAGAGAGACCAAAGGACGAUAGUGGACAGGCGUCAAGGCCGUGGACUGAAUGAGAUGACAUCGAGGAACAAUCCGAAAGCGUCGCAGAUCGCUUCCACCUCGACGCCGCUUGUUCAGCUCCUCUCGCCGACCCAUUUGCUACCUACGCAGACGACCUGUGACAUCUACUCACUACGUCACCUCAUCCUCCAGCGAUCCGGACUACCCGAUGUGCCAAGCUGGAUCAGACCUCAAGCCUGGUCCGUGCUAUUACAUCGCAUCGGAUCUGAGAAGAGGGACUGGCAGAGGGAGGACGCAAAGGGCAGAGAUGAAUACUAUGCACUGCUCGAGGAUAUCAUGCCGGACGGAGACGUGUCAGAGGAAAGCGUAUAUGAUCCUCUGUUGACGCAGAUCGAGGCCGAUCUGAUCAGGUCGAGGUUCAAUGCCUUCAGCUUCUUCCAGGCGGGUAUUCCUCCUUCAGCUAGUUGCCCGCUUGCUCCUUUGCCCUCUGGCUGGGCGGAGGAAGGCGGCGAGACUUCGCGUCUCGGCUCGAGUAGUGUUGGGAAGGUAGCGCGGCGAAGGUCAAGGAGAAGACAUGGUCUCUUCAAUCGUCUCGAGGAUAUACGAAAGCAUGGGUAUCCGACACAUGAACCGCAACGCACAGCAUCCCACCUGGUACCCCCACAAGCCCACAAGCAGCCGACGACGAAGAGGCAAAUCUCAGAUUUGGGCGAAGGCGAGACCGAGGAUGAAGACGGCUUCCACAGUGCAGACGAGGGCCUGUCUCCUGGCCUCUCAAGCUCGCCUGCAAAUCCCGAAAGCGAUCGGCGUACGAAUUCCAUUCUCCGCAUGCUCUUUCUGUACUCCCUCUUGAAUCCCAGCAUCGGCUACGUCCAGGGCAUGGUCGAGGUAGCGAGCGUAAUACUUUGGACACUAGGCUCAGCUACUGGUCUCCCACAGAGCGAGAGUAAUGGCGAGGAAGAUCGAGCAUCGGCGGAAGCUCUAGAGGAUGGAGUCUCAGCAACGGCUGAAGCUGUUGCAAAAGCGGCGUCGUCAAGCAGCCGGGCAGAGCCUACUACAAAUCCGCACUUCGAAGCAGAUUCCCUCUGGUGCUUCUCCCUGCUACUGGGGGAGCUAAGAGAAUUGUGGGAUUUUGAGGGCAUCGAUCAUUCGCAAGCAGGUCUACAAAUUUCGAAUGCCAGGUCAACAUCAGCCGACGGAGUCGAAGAUUCUGGGCAGCGGAGGACGGGUGAGGUCGGGGGUAUGGCUCGGACGUUACGUCGCCUUGGAGGAAGACUGAAGUGGGCAGACGAAGAGCUUUGGGCUGCCCUGAGCAAUCGUGGCCUUAGCCCAUCGAAGCCCUACUACGCUUUCCGGUGGCUAGCGACUCUCCUAUCGACAUCGCUACCUCUUCCUUCUCUAAUGAGAGUCUGGGAUGCCUUGCUCUGCGAGUCAGAUGCCUCAGCCGCUCAGAGUGAGGCGGCGUCUUCCAACCCUUCCCAACGCGGAGCUCCUCUAGGAGGAAAGGUCGAAUUUCUGAUCGACAUCCUUACCUCCCUUCUCAUGUCGCAUCGGAGAGCUCUUUUGGGCAUCCUUUCUCGGCCAGACGAUCCAGAAGAGGCGGGAGCAGACGUCUUUGAAGUGUGUCUGACGUACCUUCAAAAUCUUCCCGACGACGAAAUCACUCCUGUUCUGGAAAUGGCAACGGUGCUGAAGCACCGUCGGAUCGCAGCGACCCUCUGUGGAGAAGAUGAGCCGCCAGUGGACGAGCGCGAUGGAAGUGGACUGGGGUCCACUGUCAAAGACCGAGCACUGAGUGCAUUCCGUGGCUGGACGUCGGCAACCGCAAAUACUAGCACUCCGGCUCGGUCCUUUAGCGGUACAUCAUGGCUUAAGGGCGUCUCAACGCCUGACAGCACGAAUGGCACAUCCGCAAAGGCGUCAAGUGUCGUCGAUCCUGCUUCUGCCUCGAAAGCUUCACCAACUGCGCUCUUCUCCAAGUAUGCCAGCGCAUUGCAGGCAUCGGAUGCAGCUGCUGAGCUCAGCAAGCGUGGGACCAACCUGACAGCGAGGGCCAUGGACCGAUGGGCUGGCAGUGGCAGCGUCACGAACGGCGCUACGUCCUCACCUCUUGCCCGUCGCACUGUCAGCGAGGCUCUCAACGUAGGCGACCUGCCCGCCAGGAGGCCAUCGCCUCAAAGUCCACCUGUCAGCAACAGCCCUCUGCCUUCGACGUUCUCGACACGAUUGGGCUCGGUAGGAGCCAACUUUCGACGCACCUUUUCAAGUAACUCCACCAACGGGGAUCUUACGGCCGCGGCGCCAGUCUCAGCUAGCUCUCAUCCCGCGUUGCAAUGGAAUCAAGACAGUAUGCCGCAAUUUCCGCUACCCGACGUAAUGAAUUCGCCGGAGGGUAGGACAGAGUACGCUUAUGUCCGGCCGGGCAGCAUCAUCCUCUCGCCCGGCUCAGCGCCCGCGGGCAGAGCUACAAGCACCUCACCUUACGCACAUAGUGCGCAGCCCAGCACACCGUCGCAUGCGCUACGCUCAGCACCAGCCGCCAACGGCAGGCUGAAGGAAGAGUGGAGCUUCCCUUCGCCUGGCGGAUCGUCUACAAUUCAGUCCAGAGAAGAUCGUUCUCACAGUUUGAGCUCUCACCACAGCAAUGGACAGUCGAGGAGUGCCGGGCCAAAGCCUCUCUUGCUGGCCGGUGCCGCAAGAGUCGCACACGAGAGCAAUGCAGAUGACGGGCAUCCUCAUACUCCGCCCGUCUCGAAGAUUGUUCGGAAGGGUCCUUUGGCAGGAGGAUCUUCCUCGCCGCAUCUUGGUAGACGAAGCAACAGAGAUGGCUUUGGGCGAUCAACUUCGCAAGCAGGGUCUUACGCAAGCUCUCAGGCUGGAACCUCAUCAACGCGGUCUCGAUCGUCAGUCAGCCAGAGUGAGGGAGGGGCUGACUCUUCGCCUUCCCCGCCAGCUGCUGAAGGCCAAGGAUUGACGGCAUCUUCGUCGCUGCAGGAAGCACUAAAGACGGCAGGCGCGCUACCGAAGCUUCCCAGUCUUGCGAACGCGACCAAGCGCCCUUCGGGGAGCGGCAGAAGUGGGGAGAAUGCGACGUCGCAGGGCUUGACAUCUUCUGGUGGCUUGGGUGGACUGAUGGGCAGAGCUGGUCAAGGUACGGCUCCUGCUCGGGCUUUUGGCGGUGGAGCGACAUCAGGUCGUUCUGCACAAUCGAUCAAUGGAGUCACUUCAGUGCGGCCCAGCACGCCUCCGCUCUUGGAGACAGCAUCGGCGUUAGACAACACCACGCCUCGGCCUGAUAUGAGGACCGUUGCCUCGAGUUCGGACAUCCCACUUGUACCUACGGAAGGCCGUCAGGUUCGUCGACGAGGCGGACCUGGAGGCAAUCACGUUCGUGGCAAGAGCAGCUCCAGCUCCAUCAUGACGAUAGGAAGCGUGGGAAGUGGUGCCAAUGGCAGUAAGAGGAGGAGCCGAAGGCAACUGGGUUCGCAAGAUGGUCUGGGGGAUGGGCUGCCGAGAAGCACGACAUUCGAGAGGCUGACAUUGGCAGACAACGGAUCGUGGUCCCCUUCACUCGAGGAGACCCCACAAGCGGGUCGGUCGAGGCCCUCUUCUCGCCGACGAUCUCAGCCACUGAGUCCCACCGCUGACAGCACGGAGCAAGCGGACUUUCCAACACGGUACGAGCUGACCGAUGAGCCCGUUGUGCUUGUACGUAGCUCAAGCAGCAAUAUUGCAGAGAUACUAGCGGAUUCGUCCGAGAGUCCAGGGGAGAAGGCCCUCCCCCCUCCUCCGUCUCCUCCGGCCGAGGUAGACGCAGACGAGCCGUCUCCAGUGACUUCGGGCAGCUUGGAGCCGAAUACGCCCGUCACUGGCGCACCUCGGCUAUCCCAAGGUGCUCGACCCGCUUCGUCAUCAUCUUCCGCGUUUUCAUCCAAUGGAAGAAGCGUGGUUCGUGGAGCGAAGGUGCGCUCCAAGAGGUCCUUCAAGACGGGCGGUGCCCCUCCAAGUCCCAUCGACGGCGCGCCAUACUCGCCACAAUAUAGCGUACCGAAGAGCGCUGGAGGCGAGUCGGGUGGCGGCGUCCUUUCGCCAGUCGCAGCGGCCAGUGGCGAGUGGGCUCAAUCGCCCUCUCCCCUUUCGCCGGUGGCGGCUUCGUAUCGGGAGAUGCCUGCGCACGAGGAGGCAUCUCAGGAGAAUGCAACGUACUUCAAUCGUAAGCACACGAGCGAAGAAGCAGCGCCUUCCUCUGCCACAAUCGGUCGGUCGCGCGCCGCGACUGAGGAUAGUCUGCCGCAUUCUUCAACGCGCAAGAAUACCUCAGCAUCGACUUCUAGCAUGAGCAGCAGGCAGUACGGUCAUCUGCAUUCUGCCAGCAGGACAAGAGUGCCGGCAGAUCUUCCGCAGGACGAGUCGGACCUCGAGUCUGAUGGGCGGCCGGCGGCACGACUGGAGUAUGCCAACCGGAUGGGCUCCUACGAGCAAGACGAGGCGGCGCAAGACUCGUACGAAGCGCCAAUGGGCGGAAGCAUAGACGAAGCAGAAGACUACCGAGACAAUGGCAGGGCAGGAGAUGCGGACGCCAUCGGAAACGCUUUUGCUCGUUUCUCCAAAAAAGGAAACUAUUCUCCUUACAUUGACGAGGCGGCAGAAGAAGGAGGCGAGGUAGGCAAUGAGAGUGUGGUCAUCAGGGACCGUGCUGGGGGGAUCAAAUUCUGAGGGAGCGGCAGAGAGAUCUGACACCUUGCAAUGCGUGUUGCGAGACCAUUGUAUCGAAGAGUGACCUGCGGUCGUCGGCUGCGUAUGUACCAUCCUUAUACCUCUAGCCUCAUUUUGAUCAUCGCAC